AUGGCUGGGGAAGUGAAGGAGCUGGUGGGCUGACAAGCGAGGAAGAGACUGAGACCUCCUGCUGUUCCCUCCUGCCUCCUUGAAUCAACUUGUUCUAUCCCCCUCCCGCUCUAAGAUCCCUUGUUGGAGCUCCUCUGUACCCUGACAGGCGAGGUGGCCCUUGGUGAAGGAAAUUUGUUUCUGGACCCACAGAGUCAAAGAGAAACAUGCUUCUCGGCCUAUCCUCCUUCACCCGGUCGAAAUAUGUUGGGACCCUUCGGCGAAGAACCAAGAAGAUUGGGAGGCAUAGAAUGGUUGUUGGUUUCAUAGCUGUAUACCUCAUCGCAACGUACCUGUACGUGAUGAACUCAUCGUUUUCAAGUACUCUAUUAGGCAAAGCUCACGGCAAGAGCAAAUUGAAAGAUAGUCCUAUCAGCGACAGCACAGUGCGAAUCCAGCGAAUCCCUCCGCAGCAGUGGACAAAAGAGGAUGUGAGCGCAUGGCUUACAGAGAAAGGCUUCAGCCAUCUUCGAAAUCUGUUCCGUGUCCAUGCAGUUUCAGGACAGAAACUGCUGAAAUUGGACGAGCACGAUCUCGUUCGCGAGAUUCACGUGCAAGAUGAGCAUGAUGUCAGCAGGAUCCUGCAUGAGAUCGAUGUGUUGAGACUGGUCAUGAAGAAGACGAGCAACUGGAAGUCCGUCAACCGAGCGCCUUCUCUGCCGGGAACGCGCAUGAUUCGCAUCUACUCGGUGGGGGACA